AUGACUGUGGCCAGUUGGCUUGCUGUAGUGACGGUGGCCAGUAGACUCGACCCCAUCACGACGCUGGCGGUGAAGCAGCGGCGUCUCCUGAAGGGCCACCAGGGCAAGGUCCUCUGCACCGACUGGUGCCAGGACAAGCGGCACCUGGUGUCAUCCUCUCAGGACGGCAAGAUAAUUAUAGGCCUGGACAACAAAGUGACCGUUUACCCGUUGAGUCUUGAUGAAGAUGUUACUGUUAAGAAACGGGCUGUUGGCACCCAUACGUCCUACAUGUCCUGUUGCACCUUCCCGUACUCAGACCAACAGAUCCUAACGGGCUCAGGGGACUCUACAUGCGCCCUCUGGGACGUCGAGUCCGGCCUCAUGCUGCAGAGCUUCCACGGCCACCAGGGCGAUGUGAUGGCCCUGGACCACGCGCCCUCUGAGACUGGCAAUACCUUCGUGUCGGGGGGAUGCGACAAGCUCGCCCUCGUCUGGGACAUGCGCUCGGGCCGCUGCGUGCAGAGCUUCGAGGGCCACGAGUCCGACGUGAACGCCGUCAAGUUCUACCCUUCAGGAGACGCCGUGGCUACUGGAUCUGAUGACGCCACUUGUCGGCUGUUCGACCUGAGGGCAGACAGGGAGGUGGCGCUCUACACCAAGGAGAGCAUCAUCUUCGGCGUCAACGCCGUGGACUUUUCUGUUAGCGGCCGGUUGCUGUUCGCCGGCUACAACGACUAUACGGUCAACGUCUGGGACACGCUCAAGUGCCAGCGGUUAACCGUGUUAUACGGUCACGAGAACCGUGUGUCGUGUCUCAAGAUGUCACCCGACGGCACGGCCAUCUCUACAGGGUCGUGGGACUUCACAUUAAGGAUUUGGGCCUAAAAACAACGCCGAAGGAAUAUUUGAAUAAGUUUAGUCUAUUUAGUGUCAAAAUAUUAUUGUAUGUAACUAAUAUAUAGACCAAAAUUUCGGCAAUUACGUGCUAUUUUUCAAUAAACUUAUAUUGUUUUGACUAAAUUCAAAAUACUUUGAAGCGAUAUUGUGGAAAUUAGGAAAGAAUGUUUAGCAGUUUUUCUCUUCAGUAACUUUAUAAAUAACAGAUAAAUUGUUUAUUUACAUUUAUUGAUAUUUUAUCAUACAUUUCUAU